CUGUAAGACAGAGAAACGAAAUAUAAAUAGCAAAGGACGCACGUAAUUAUAUGCAAAACCGUGAGCAGCAGUCUGCUGAUAAACGCUAGUUUUGAAAUUGAGGUCUCCCUCAAGUCUGUUGCGUACCGUACGUGUGCUGUUUUUAAACCGCCGCGAAUCUCAUGCGUCUCGCGUUAUCACCGUUUUCAAUAUAAAAACACAACCCUUUUCUUUUCUUUUCUUUUCUUUUUGUCUUCAAUCGUUAAUCCAUUUUCAUUAAUUUCUUUUGUUAUGAUGGCCCCGACAUCUUUAAUUUUGUCACUGGCCUUUGCCGUGGCCAUUGUUUCAGCCGCCGGAUACCGCCGCCCGCCGCCGCGGGGAUCCCUUUCUCGGUCGCUCUUAGAAGAACUCGAUCACAUUGAUUCCACCACUCCCCAACAGGUGCACAUAUCUUUGAGCGGUGCAGAGCACAUGAGAAUAUCAUGGAUCACAUCAGAUCCGAGUCCAGCAGUGGUGCACUAUGGUACAACUCCCGAAGCUAACACCUCCUCCUCAAACGGAACCACAGCAACGUACAACUACUUAAUGUACCGGUCGGGCGAGAUACACGACGUCGUAAUCGGCCCAUUGCACCCCAACACGGUAUAUUACUACCGAUGCGGCGCAUCCUCUUCUUCUUCUCCGAUCUUCAAUUUCAAAACCCCUCCAUCACAAUUCCCGAUACAAUUCGUAGUCACCGGCGACCUCGGUCAAACCGAUUGGACGAGAUCGACGCUCAAAAGCAUCGGAAAAUCGGAUUACGACGUAUUGCUAUUGCCCGGAGAUUUAUCCUAUGCUGAUACGAUCCAAAAUCUCUGGGACAGCUUCGGGCAACUGGCGCAGCCUCUGGCUAGCCAGCGGCCGUGGAUGGUGACGCAAGGCAACCACGAAAUCGAGAAGAUCCCUCUCAUCCACGGCGAGAAAUUCACAGCUUACAAUGCGAGAUGGGUGAUGCCCUUUGAGGGGAGCGGCUCCACUUCGAAUUUGUACUACUCUUUUGAAGUGGGAGGUGUUCAUGUGGUCAUGCUCGGGUCGUACGCGGAAUUCGGGCGGGAGUCGGAGCAGUACCGGUGGCUGCGGGCGGAUUUAGGGAAGGUGGAUCGGAAGAGGACGCCGUGGGUGAUCGGUGUUGUACAUGCGCCGUGGUACAAUAGUAAUGAAGCGCAUCAGGGGGAGUAUGAGUCAAGUGGGAUGAAGGAGGCCAUGGAGGAGUUGCUAUUUCGAGCUCGUGUUGAUGCAGUUUUUGCAGGCCAUGUCCAUGCUUAUGAGCGCUUUGAGCGAGUUUACAAUGAUGAAGCCAAUGAAUGUGGUCCGAUACACAUAACCAUUGGCGAUGGAGGCAAUCGCGAAGGACUUGCUAAGAGGUUCAAGGAACCACAACCGAAGAUAUCUGCAUUUAGAGAGGCAAGCUUUGGACAUGGACAACUUUCUGUAGUAAAUGCAAGUCAUGCUUUGUGGACAUGGCAUAGGAAUGAGGACAACGACGUCGUCGCAUCUGACCAGAUUUGGCUUACAAGCCUUGCCUCUGUUGCCUCAUGCUCUUGACUUAUAGUUCUAUUCAAAUUCUACUUUUUAAUAUUAUGUAAAUGCACAAGACAAUAUUUCCUGAAAUACGGCAAUUGGUACAGGCUCCAAAAUUAUAUUCCAAA